AUGGCACUAGAGAAUAUACUGCGGCAGCACGCAGAAAUUGUGGAUUUCCUGAAAAGUCUUGUUAUGGUCCACAGACGUGCAUUACAGGAUGACAAUUUAUCAUCUCAAUUAGACGGUGUAAGAAGGGAUAUCUAUAUAUGUUUUAACGAUCUAUGCAAAUUGAAUGAUAUGCUAAUUGCUUGUGACGGUGAAAUCAAGGAGACGGUGGGAAUGUUGAAAUCUUCAAAGGAAAAAUUUGGUAAAUUAGCCGACAAGGAGAUUAAAUUACAAGAUGAGAAGAAAAAAUGGUCACUCGAAUUUUCACCACUACCAGAAUCGAAAGUAUCGAUACCUAUCAGUUCAAGUUAUAGGCCGUUGCUUAAUCAGUAUAUCGAGCUUGUUGGUGCCACGAACACCUCGUUGGCGGCGGAACCAACCACAGAAAGAGAUGAAGAAAAUGGAUUUGUAGAUAGACGUCGAUUACUGCAAUCAGCAGAGCUAUUGCAAGCAUGUCAUGAAGAAUCGAUUAAAGAUAUCAAACAGUUAGAGUCACUACUGAGAGAUUUUAAAAAGGAUCAGGCUUUUAUAAUCACGGAAUUAAGAUCCAACCAGGCCAGAAUACGACGUGAAACCAUCAGAAUCGAUGAAUCUAUUGAUAAAAUACAUCAAUCCAGGAAAAAAUUGCUCAAUAAAGUAGGACUAGCCAUACCAGAAGCUCCAGAAUUUUCCUUCUUGAGCCAUAGACUGUUCAAUUUACAACUGAAUGAAGAUAAUAAGAAGAGGGAACAAGAGCAACAAGAUAUCGCUAACCAUGCUUCUGAAUUUAUAGAUAUGAAAAUUCGCUCUUUACAGGAUCAGUUAACUCACAAGAAGGAGGAUUCUUCGAAUUUGAUUACUCAAAGGAACCUUUGGGGCGAAUGUGCUCAAUUGGUGAAGGAGUUAGAAGACCGGCUGAGUACUGCUCUAACCAGUAAAGACGGCUUGCCUUCUGGUCAGAUUAAAAAUUGGUUAAAAAAAACCAUCGCUGAUUUAAACACGACCAUUGCUGCUACUGACAGCGAUAUCCUAAUUACUCUCAUCACAGAUGAAAAAGAAGUAAUUGAAAAGGCACUUGUGGAAAUUUCAGGUGAAACUGCACAACCUCUUAAUAUACCAAAGAAGAAUCGCUAUCAAGCAUCACCAUCACAUAGCCAUUCAAGCCCACCUUUUCUAGUGGCAAGUAAAUCACCACCCAAGAUUGGGAUCACCGAUAAAACUGUAGAUCCAGCAACUGAUGCUAACGACAUCGAACUGGAAAACAUGGAAUUCGCCAAGGGUAAGUCUGAUAAACGAGAUUAA